UCCCUGCUCUGAUUCUGCUGCUCUCGAGAUGGGCAGGUACUGGCUGCUGCCUGGUCUCCUCCUUUCCCUGCCUCUGGUAACAGGGUGGACCACUUCCAAUUGCCUGGUGACUGAAGGCUCCCGGCUGCCCCUGGUCUCCCGCUAUUUUGCAUUCUGCACCAACUCUAAGCUAUCCUUUCUUGCGGCUUGCUUCCCUGUGAAUAACCUGACACAGACCUUGGAAGCUGUACCCCGGGCUGUGGAGGGACUCUGCCUUGGUGGUUCUGUGUCUACUCUGCUUCCAGAUGCUUUCUCUGCUUUUCCUGGACUCAAGAUCCUGGGACUGAGUCUGCACCCUACCCGACUCCUGCCAGGAGCUCUCCGGGGCCUGGGACAGUUACGGAACCUCUCUUUUUUUGGCCAUCCUGGUGGGAGGAAAUCUCUCUUUCUACCUCCCGAUGCCUUUGGUGACCUGAUUUCCCUCCAGAGACUCCAUAUCUCUGGCCCCUGCCUGGAUAAGAAGGCAAGUGUCUCUCUGCCUCCCAGUCUGCAAUGGUUGACUGUCCAGUUCAGUUGCCUUCAGGAUGUGGGAGAGCUGGCUGGCAUGUUCCCAGAUCUGGUGCAAGGUUCCUCCUCCAGGGCUUCAUGGACCCUGAAGAUGUUGGAUCUGUCACAAAACCGGGGGCUGAAGAUGGCUAGUCCUGGGUCCCUCCAGGGUCUCCAGGUGGAGAUUCUGGACCUGAGAGGAACACAGCUGGAUGCUGUGGCAGUGAAGGACCUGGGACUUCUGAAACUUGAUGUCUUGUAUGGACAGACUGCCACGGCCGAGCUGGCUGCUGAGGUCAUUGCCCACUUUGAGCUGCAGGGCCUGAAUGUGGAAAGAAGCAAGCUAGGAAAUAUAUCUCAGGAGGCCCUGGCUUCCUGCCAUAGCCUGAAGACCUUGGGUCUUUCAGGCACUGGCCUGACUAAGCUACCACCAGGCUUCCUGGCUGCCAUGCCUAGGCUUCAGAGACUGGACCUGGCCAGAAACCAAUUGCCGAGCACCGUGCUGUGCAUGAAUGAGACGGGAGACGUGUCAGGACUCACGACUCUGAAUCUGUCAGGCAAUGGGUUGCGCAUCCUGCCUCCGGCUACCUUCUCCUGUUUACCACACUUGCGAGAGCUGCUGCUUCAGGACAACAAGCUGCUAUCCCUGGAGGGGCACCUUUUCCAGGAGCUACAGCAACUAGAGACCUUGAAGCUGGAUAGAAAUCCCCUGUUUAACCUGGGUAAGAACUGGUUGGCUGCUCUGCCUGCAUUGACCACCCUUAGCCUGUUAGAUACUCAAAUUGUACUGAGCCCAGACCCUGGCUUCUGGGGAGCAAAGAAUCUGCAUACCUUGAGCCUGAGGCUUCCCCAUCGCCCUGCUCCAGCAGUAGUGUCCCUGCCCAUGUAUUUGACCAGCUUAGAGCUUCAUGUAGCCUCAGGUACAAGGCAUUGGACGCUGUCCCCAACUAUCUUUCCUUUCUUAGAGACCUUGACUAUAAAAGGUAGGGGACUGAAGCUGGGGGUCCAGAAUGCGUCUGAGGUCUUCCCCGCUCUCCAGAAGCUCUCCCUGCUCCAGAACAGCUUGGAUGCUUUCUGCUCCCAGGGCACCUCCAGCAUUUUCCUCUGGCAGCUCCCCAAACUUCAGUCCUUGAAGGUAUGGGGUGCUGGAAGCAACUCCAGACCCUGCCUUAUCACCGGGCUUCCCAGCCUACAGGAACUGAAGCUGGAGUCACUUCAGUCCAUAACCCAGCCCCGUUCGGUACAGCUGGAGGAGCUGGUGGGUGACCUUCCACAGCUCCAGGCGUUACAGCUGUCCAGCACAGGGCUCAAGUCACUGUCGGCCGCUGCUUUCCAGCGCCUGCACAGUCUCCAGGUCUUAGUGCUUUACAUGGAGGAAGACUUGGUGCUGCAGGACAGUCUGAGGGAGUACAGCCCUCAGAUGCCCCGCUAUAUCUACAUUCUGCAGUCAAAAUUGGCCUGCCAGUGUGCCAAUGCAUGGAUGGUGCCGUGGGUUAAGCAGUCCAGUAAAACAUACAUACACAUAAGAGAUGGCCACUUAUGUCCAGGAGAAGUCAGGGUCCCUGACAGGGAUUCCCUUACCUCCUUUCUCUGGGACCACUGCCCCCAGACUUUGGAGCUGAAACUCUUUUUGGCCAGUUCUGCCUUGGUGUUACUGCUAAUUGCCUUGCCUCUCCUGCAAGAAGCCAGGAACACUUGGAUUCCCUACCUGCAGGCCUUGUUCAGGAUUUGGCUCCAGGGUCUGAGGGGUCAGGGAAACGAGGGGAAGAGGUUCCUUUUUGAUGUAUUCGUGUCCCACUGUAGGCAAGACCAGGGCUGGGUGAUAGGGGAACUUCUGCCUGUUUUGGAGGGCUUCCUUCCAGCUGGCCUGGGCCUACGCCUCUGUCUCCCCGAGCGUGACUUUGAGCCUGGUAAGGAUGUAGUCGACACUGUGGUAGAUAGCAUAGUGAACAGCCGUGCCACACUCUGUGUGCUGAGUGGCCAGGCCCUGUGUGACCCCCGAUGCCGCCUGGAGCUCCGCUUGGCCACCUCUCUCCUCCUGGCUUCCCCCUCCCCUCCAGUGUUGCUGUUAGUCUACCUGGAACCCAUUUCCCGACACCAGCUCCCCGGUUACCACAGACUGGCUCGGCUGCUUCGACGAGGAGACUACUGCCUGUGGCCUGAGGAAGAAGAAAGAAGGAGUGGGUUCUGGACUUGGCUGAGGAGCAGGCUAGGGCGGCCAUAGCCGGCAUUGGUGUCAGGUGGCACAUGUGAAUUUUAAGGUGGGGGUAGGGGAAGCAAGCAUGGCUGUCA